AUUGGCCUUGCGACAGUAUUGUUGAUCGGUUGUCUUGUUUGUACUUGCCAUUUUGCGAGAAUAAGUUUGGUUCUUGCCACUCGUUUUUAUCUCACUCAUUUGAGACAAAUUAUUACAAGUGUAAAGGUUAAAAGAACAAGCUGCUUUACUUUAGGCAUAGGCUAUAAACAUCUAAGAAAAAAAAUGCUAAUAGUCAAGUGAUGAUAGUGUAAAGGCAUAUUACAAAGCGUUCGGCAUCUUUGUUUUGACAUUUGAAGGAAAACAUUUAUAUCAGCAGAUGAUGCACCAUGUCUGGUAUUCCUUCCCUGAUGGUGAUGUACACAGAUGAUGGGUUGGAAGUUCGUUAUUCAGAUGGGUCCCGACUACAGCUAUCUCCCUGUGGAUCAUGCAUGCUACAUGAGGAUCCAGUCAGCAGUGACCAGCACCCUUUAGCAGACAGAGGAGCUGUUCACAAAUGGACACAAUUCGUGACCAGCACCCAUAAGGUCAAAGUACAGCAAUCCCUUGAUUUCCGAAAUCGUUUUGCAGCACGACCUUUCCUUUGUCCAUGGCUUUUGCUGGACCAGGAUGUUAUGUUGCUGUAUUCCAGAAUAGAGAAAUUUGCUUGGCCGCAGUCCCCACAGGAUGCUCGUGUGGAAUUAUUAGAGGAUGGGAGUCGACGCAUUAUGUCAUGUGAUGAAUUAGCCAGUAUAGUACUCUCCCCUCAUGGCCAAGACUUUACAGUGUGUUACCUUUCAUGUAUUAGUGAGGAUUGCCGUAAAGACAAACAUUUAAGCCCUGCAGAUGAACACCAGUUUCAAGGGAACAGGAGAGGGAUAUGUGAAGACAUUUCUAAGACAUCAUGUGCUGAACUACUUUCUCAAAAGUUAACAAGAAAUACAGAUGAAUGUACAAGUGUUACAUCAGAAAAUAAACAUGAAAGACCAGAGGGAAUCAUAAAGGAUUCUUGUCUUACUGCAAAUAAAAAUAGUCUUGUGUCUACAUCAGGCAGUACUCAGCCAUAUAAUCAGCAUAAUGACAAGCUUAACAGCAAAGUACAGUGUGAUGCUGCUAAAGAAUGUUGUCUGAUUGACUGUGAGGGAAAGAGUAAAGCUACAGCAAGUGUUGAUGUUCAGGAUCACGAAAUAUCAGGCAUCAUUGUUUCUUUUGGUAAAGUGUCAACACCAGACACUAACCGCACUCACAAAUUAACAGGAGAAACUGAUGAAACGGAUGCAGUGUUGCCAAAGUUGUCAGUUUCACCAAUCAACCAAGAUAUUUCAAGCAUUAGCAGAAUUUCUUCACCAGAUGGGCUUCGCGGCUUGAUAGACUCUGACCUAGCAUUGUCUCAGACAGAUGAGACCAUGACCGAAUGUCUGCAGGAAACCUCAACAUCAGUAUGCCACUGCACAGAUGUCCUUCAUAGUUCUCCACUGGGUUUUGCCAGCAUACCUGCAUACACUAAUCAAGACAAGACAGCCUGUACCAUAGAAACAGCUCUAAACAAUAGUUCCUGCAUGAAGAGAACUUUAUUUAGUCCUGAUGGAGAUGAAGUGCCUUGUUUUGAUAACACCAACAAUAAUAAAAUAAUCACGGAGAAAAGUAAUGUCACAGAUAGGGAACAUGGACCACAUAGCCCACAAUCUUGUAAACCUGCUUGUGAAGAAGCCUGUCAUGUGAAGCCUGUAGAGAGGGUAAGCAAAAGAUCCAGUGAAUCUGAUUUGUGUGGUUCCUUUCAUGUUCACAUGCCUUCUUCAGUAGAAGAUAAAAGUAGGAGCCCAGUAUACCCUCCAAAUGAAAGAGGCAGUGCUGCAUUGACUGCCAUGAAAAGCCCUUGGGAAAGACAGAAAGAUUCAUCACACAGACAUGAACCUGUUGGCUUUACAAGCAGAGAUGAUGGGCCAGGUCUAGUUCAGGGAGACUUGACGUCAGCAGCAAAACAUCAGUACAUGUGGGUGACACAACACUUGUCAUGUAGUGACUGUCCACCUGCAUGGAGACAUCCACUUAAGCUUCUGCAGCAGAAAGAUCCAUGUGACUUGCUGGCUUCAACUGGCAUCCCUAUAAACACUACGGCCACACAAUACAGUUACAUGCAGACAAGGAAGAUGACACAAACUGAAGGGUAUAUUUUUACAGCAGUUCCUCCACCACUGCCUCUCAACUGCCCCUUUCAGCACCUGCACACUUGGCAGUCCCUAACAGACAGCGAAGAGAGUGGAGCCAAAACCUCCUUCAGUGAAUUUAAACAAGCUCGUUUAAAGAUCAUCAUGAUGGAAGGUGUGGUCUAUAGAUUCAUUCAUUCUGCCAGUAUGAAGACAGUGGAGGUGUAUCCAGGUGAUGGCAGUGUCUUUGUGUCUCAAGGCAUCACAGCUCACUUCUUCCUGCACUUAUUGUGGAAGGAUGGGAAAUUAGAAGAGAAGACAUAUUCCAUCAAGGCAUUGCCUCCCCAAACGCCAAAGUCUCCAUAUUCCAUUGAAAAAAUCAUCAAAAGAGCCCACAGAUUUCUGACUGGUUGCAUUGAAAACAGCAAGUUGUCUAAAAUAGAAGACUUAGCCUGUUGGAAGCAUGUUCCAGUUCAUGUGGUGGAGCCAUUGCCACUGUCCAUUUUAGAGGAAUGUUUGGUGCCCGGAUUUGGACGGUUUACAGCUUUUACCAAUGGACGGAUCAGGGUCAUUUUUGAAGACAGAACAGCUCUUGAUAUGGUGUCAGACUUUUCUAACCGUUUGCAUGGUUGCAUGCAGCAUUCUGAUUCCUUCGGCAGAGAGACUUCAGAUGUAUAUUCACAGGGGCUGACAGCAGAGAAAUUGUCAUCCUUAAGGGUAUCUGGACUGGACCAGAUGCUGAGACCCCACCAGUCUCGUCUGUUGCUGCCCUGUGGAAAGUACAUUAUGGUAGAAGUGGACAAACCAGGAAUCUAUCAGAGAUAUGUGAAUGCAGCCAUGGAGUGGAUUACAUGGGUCCAGUCCUCACCCGAGGAGCGACGUCAGUUUUACCAUAAACGGCACAACACUAUUUCAGCUCAGUUAUCAGCCAAGAUGGAACUGAAAAAGAUAGAAUGUUUUAACUAUAUUGUGGAUCACAGCCAUAUUACAAACUCGAGGUUUUUGAGGUCAAGUGAGCAUCCAUCAAGCUUCCCUGAGCAAAGUGCUCCAGUGUGUACACAUAAUUGGUGUUUACAUUGUGUGGGACAUCCUACAGGCAAGGUACUGACAAUUCCACCCAUGCUGUGUCCUGCUGGGGCAGAGAGUGUACAGAGACAAAUUAGUCAUCACCAAUCUCCUCCAUAUUCUCAGCCUUGUGGUCAAGUCACUGGCAAUCAGGUCAAAAAUGAAAUGGAUGUCCAAACUACCUCUCACAGACAGUUAAGUGGAGCUGGGCAACAUGUUUUUACAGGCUAUAACAUAUUUCUGGCUGACUCAAAGGGCCAAGAGUUAUUGCUGGGAUUUAAUUCUGUGAAAGAUGCUUUGCUCAAAACUUCACAGAUGAUCAAGGAUAUAGACGAGAUAGUAGAGCAGAGGAAAAAAUCAUCUUGAUGGAGGUUAAGGAAUCGGGAUAAGUGCCUUUGGAGAAAGUUAUUAUAAUAAAGCUGUAAUAUGUAUAAAAAGGUUUGUUUUUCACAGUAAAACAAAUCAGAACAUUGA